AUGGUGGUUCGACUGCUGCUUGCUUGGAUUGUUGGAUGCUGUGGUUCCGAUCCAAUCUACUUCCAUGCAACCGUGCAAGUCGUCGCUGACGAGGACUCCAAGGGCUCGGUGAUAAUCCUUUCCGUUUCGAGCGAGUGGUCGGCUCCAGCAGUGGCAGACUGGCAGCUUUGUUUCACAUGGCUGAAAGCAGUGGUCCUCCGACAGCCAGCCGAUGCAGCGGUCAGAGGUAGCUAUGUGUGUCUGCCCAGACGCGAACCACUAGAGCCAGGAGGAGUGCAUGCGUUUGUUCUCGAGAUCGGAGCCCCGUCCAUGCGAUAUGUUUCUGACCUUCCGAGGGCCCUCCACAUCGUAUCCUUGAAGGGGUCUGCAGAGGCUGUGUUUGAUGUUGAGCUUGCUACACCGGGAGAGGGACAAGUACGUUUUUCCGAUGCGAGCUCCGGGAUGUUCUCUGGCAUCCCACAGCCGGAAGCGGUCACCAGCCUACCCGGUCUAGGAUUCGACCUGAAUGCUGGCUUGCAGCCCCCGCUGAGUAUUGAGGCUGACAAGGAAGCCAAGGGCGCAGCUACCCUGCUUCACGGUUGGCUGCUCACAUGGCCGCCGGGUGCUCCGUUUGGAGUCCCUGAGGGAAUUGUGGCAGCGGAAGCACGAAAUCUGUCGUUAUCUUACACCCGCGAGUCCCAUUUGGGGCCUGAGGGCUACGAGCUCCGGAUUCAGAACAAUGCCAUCUUCAUAACAGCCCACGAUUCAGCUGGCUUUUUUCAUGGUGCUGCCACCCUUAAGCAACUCCUAGGCGCUGCGUUGAUCGAUGGACAUGCCAAAAUACCAGCACAGCUUAUCCGAGACAAGCCACGCUUCUCACACCGAGGCCUUAUGCUUGAUGUAGGGCGGCACUUUUUCAGCAUUGACUUCAUCCAGCGACUUCUUGAUUGGAUGUUCCUGUACAAAUUGAAUGUCUUCCACUGGCAUCUUACCGAUGACGAGGGUUGGCGAUUUGAAGUUCGGUCGCUUCCGAACUUGACACGGUUCGGAGCCUUCAGAGGGCGUGGUGAAGUCAUUGAGCCGCAAUACGGAGGCGGGCCACGGCGCUACGGAGGUUUCUACACGCAGUCGCAAAUUCGCGAGAUCGUGCGCUACGCGGAGUCGCGAAAUAUUGUGGUCGUCCCAGAGAUCGAUGUUCCGGGCCACAGCUAUGCUGCUAUCCAGGCACUCCCGGAUCUUUUAGGUCAGAGCGUUCGAGAGAGCAUUCGAGUUCCACCGGUCAAAAGCGUGCAAAAUUUUGCCGGAAACGUUCUGAAUCCCAGAGCCAACGCAACCUACAUAUUCCUCGAGCUGGUCCUUCGAGAAGUUCUGGAGCUUUUCCCUGGACCGGUUCACGUGGGCAUGGAUGAGAUCCCUCGUGGUGCUUGGAGUGAUGAUGAGGAGGUAGAAGAGGAACUCAAGGCACGCCUCACGCUGUGGCUACAAGACUUCCUAGGGAAACAUGGUCGCUCGCUGAUGGCAUGGGAGGAAGCUUUCUCUGCAGGGUCAGUUGAUCCUGAUGCUAAGUGGCGGCCAGCUGCCUUUGCGUGGAAAGAAGACGAGCGGUUUGCAGUCCACGCGGCGAAUGCUGGGCUGGACAUUGUUCUUUGUCCUGCCCACUUCCUGUACCUUGACAUUGUCCAGAGCUUGGCCUACGAGGAGCGCGGCCUCUAUUGGGCAGCCCCGGCACUUCCCUUGCAGCGUGUCUAUGACUACGAGCCUUUGGAGCGUCUGCAACGCUUGGGGCUGAAGGAUGAGGCCAUUCCUCGAAUCAAAGGGCUGCAGGCCAACCUUUGGACAGAGACGGUGGACUCUGAGGCGAGAGCUGAAGAGAUGCUCUUCCCGAGGCUCCUUGCGGUUUCAGAGCUUGCCUGGACUGAUCGCCGCGAAUGGGAAAGCUUUAAGUGGAAGAUCGGGCCUCAGCUGCAGUGGCUCUCGCGCCAGGAAAAGCUACAGCAUUGGAGCCAAAUCUGCGGUCAAAUCGCCCGGGGCGACUUCCUCCGAGUCCCUCCACCCAUCUGA